AGAGGGGGUGUAAACAGAGAAACAUGGCAGAUGGAGUAAGGGGCUGAGCAGUGCAAAAAGACAGAGGGCUGGGACAAAAGUGUGUUUACACUUUGGAGAAGUGAGACUGACAGAUUUUUCCCGCUGGAGCUCGUCUCUUUCCUCUGAGCUGGGAUUCCUCAAGAACCUUGACUUUUUCAACACGUUUUGACAGCUAGUUGCCAUCUGUCGCAUCAGAAUGAGAUCCCUGGCCCUCGGCCUCUUCUGCCUGUUGUGCUGCCAUGCACCACAGAGACUAAUAAAACAACCGUCCAAAGCAACAACGUGGAGACUCCUUGUAAAGCCACCAGGCUGGAUUUCGUCUUUGUCAUCGACAGCUCCAGAAGCAUCCGGCCCAAAGACUACGAAAAGGUCAAGACCUUUAUCGUCAACCUGCUGCGUUUCUUUCACGUGGGCCGCGACGCGACGAGGGUGGGCCUGCUCCAGUACGGCAGCGUGGUCCAGCCCGAGUUCUCCCUGGACGCCUACGCCUCCAGGGCCGAAGUGGAGCGGGCCGUGAGGAACAUGGAGCACCUGGCCUCGGGAACCAUGACGGGCCUGGCCAUUCAGUACACCAUGGAAACGGCCUUCACCGAGGAGCAGGGGGCCCGGCCCGCCGACAUGCACAUCCCACGGAUUGCCAUGAUCGUAACGGACGGGAGGCCUCAGGACACCGUGGAGGAGGUCGCAAUGCAAGCGAGGGAGGCCGGGAUCCAGAUCUUUGCCAUCGGUGUGGGCCGGGUGGAUAUGAACACCUUGAAGGCCAUCGGGAGCGAGCCCCACUCUGAACACGUUCACCUGGUGGCCAACUUCAGCCAGAUAGAGACCCUGAUCUCGGUGUUCCAGUCCAAACUGUGUGGAGGUUCAGAGAUGUGUGACGUGGUGGACCAUCAGUGCCAGCACAUCUGUGUGAGCAGCCCGGCCUCUUACAGGUGUAAGUGCAGGAAAGGCUUCACCCUCAACCCCGAUGGAAAGACAUGCAAAGAAGAGGACACGUGUGCUGUGGUGGACCACGGCUGUGGACACAUCUGUGUUAACAUACCUGAUGGCUAUGAAUGCCGCUGCCGUCCAGGAUAUGAACUUACCAUAGACCUGAAGACCUGCAACAAAAUAGACUACUGUGACCUGGGAAACCACGGCUGUGAGCAUAACUGUGUCAGCGUUCCAGAGUCCUACAUCUGCACCUGUAAGAAGGGCUACGUCCUCAAUCCUGAUGGCAAGACCUGCAGCAAGACUGAUCACUGUGCUGACGGCAGCCAUGGAUGUGAACAGGAGUUUAUGAACACAGAAAAAUCCUGUGUGUGUAAAUGUAAAAAAGGCUACACACUCAGACCAGAUGGGAAAACCUGCAAAAAAAUCGAUCACUGUGCUGAUGGAACACAUGGCUGUGAACAGGAGUUUAUGAACACAGAGGACAGCUGUUUGUGUAAAUGCAAAAAAGGGUACACACUCAGACCAGAUGGGAAAACCUGCAAAAUUUUGGAUUUGUGUCAGUCGGUGGACCACGGCUGUGAGCAUCAGUGCGUCAGCACCACGGACUCCUACAUCUGUAAAUGUUUUGAAGGAUUUGUUCUGGCUGAAGAUGGAAAGAGAUGCAAAAAACCAGAAUGUCACGAUGGAGUCAUGGAUUUAGUUUUUGUGAUCGAUGGUUCCAAGAGUCUGGGCCCCGCAAACUUUGAGCUGGUCAAGCAGUUGGUAAACAGCAUUGUGGACUCUCUGGACAUUUCCAGUAGAGGCACCCAUGUGGGCCUUAUUCAGUACUCCACCAAGGUACGCACCGAGUUCACUUUGGAGCAAUACACAUCAACACAAAGCAUCAAGCGGGCUGUGAACCAGAUGCAGUACAUGGGAAGGGGCUCCAUGACGGGCUCGGCCCUGCGCCACAUGUUUGAGUUGAGCUUUUCAGCCAAAGAAGGUGCUAGGCCGAACGUUCCACGAGUCAGCAUUGUGUUCACUGAUGGAAGAUCACAAGACGAUGUUUCUGAAUGGGCCAGUAAAGCAAAAAAUUCUGGUGUCACUAUAUAUGCCUUGGGGGUUGGCAAGGCUAUUGAACAGGAGCUGAGAGAGAUAGCGUCAGAGCCUGAUGAGAUGCACCUGUAUUAUGCUGAAGAUUUCGAGAAAAUGGGAGAAAUUGCAACGAAGCUCAAAUCAAGGAUGUGUAAAGAUAAACCAGCGGAUGAAAAUAUGUGCCAGUGUGAGAAUGUCUUAAUGUUUCAGAACCAAGUUACGGAGAAGUUAAGGAGCCUGACACAGAGUGUUGAAGCUAUGUCAAAGAAGCUGGAAACUCUGGAGAAUCGUCUCGUUCGUACAAAGCCUGAAGAGAGCAAUGGAGACACACUGGCAGUCAAAAAUGGCAUUAUUGCAGAAGACGCAACAACCAUCGAGGACCAGAUGCAGCUGCCUGUGCAGACUGCCUUACCAGACGAUUGUCAGCCGGGAGGAGGGGAUGAAACGGAGGAAGUCCUAAUGGCCCUUGAGGCCCAGGAAGAUCUUGGCUCAGGGGAAGACCUCCUAGCAGUCUCCGAGCCACAGCCAGAACCCGCCGCUUGUGAGGAACCGGCACAAGAGACUUCAGCCUCUGCUCCUGCAGAGGCCUCUGCAGAGCCUGAACCUGCUGUAGCAGUGGUUGAAGCCUCGGUUGAAACGAUCCUGGAGGAGGCUCCUCCGGUGGCUGAAGUCCUUGUUGAGGCCACGGAAAAAGCAGAUAUUGGCAACGUCGCAGAAGAAGUAGUCGCCAUUCCAGCUGUUGAACCGGUUGUGUCUGAGCCAGUGGUGACCGCAGUAGCCGUGGAAGAGGCUUUGGCUGAGGCCCCUGCCGAGGUCCCUGAUUUAGCAGUUGCUGAAGCUCCUGUGGAAUCUUCUCCAGAAGCUUCUGUCGAGGCGGCCCCUGAAGCUUCCACUGAAACGGCUCCUGAAGCUCCCACUAAAGCAGCUGCUGAAGCUCCAGCUGAAGAUGUUGCACCUGUAGAUCCAAAGGCCUCCAUUGACAAUUCAGCCCAAGAAACCACCGUAGAAACACAGGCUGAUGGUCAUCCUGCCCCUGGGGCAGCAACAGAGCCCACAACUGCCCCCGCUGAGACUGUCCCAACUGCUGAGACACCCUGUCCCACAGAGGCCCUGGAUACAGCUGCUGAACUUAUCCCGAACGCAGAGGUUACAGCACCAGCACCGAGUGCUUCAGAAACGCAGACAGAAGAAGUACCAGAAGCUCCGCCAGCAAGUAAGCCCCUUCAGCACCUGCACCUGCUGCCGAUCCGGCUCCUGAACCCUCAUCAACUGUGGCAUCUGCAAAUGAAACAUCUCAGGAUACAGAGGGUGAGAAAGCCAAAAAGGAGGACUAACCUGGGGGAGGCGAUUCAUCACUCAAAGCUGCCUUCUAAGCCAUCUGGAAGAGAAAAAAACUAAGCAAAAGGGGAGGGGAAAAAAAGGUCCUAACUAUCUGUAUUGUUUCUCCAGCUCUCACCAAAUCACACAUUUGUUAAUAUUCAAUGUGCCUUGAUAAUGUCUUUUUUUGGGGGGGAUCAGGAUUUUUUGUGCAUUUGUAAAUAAACCUCUACAGCAGAAGAAGGGGAGUUUUUCUCUAUCGGGACAAUAAAUGCCUGGAGCAAUCCAUAUAGGCCUUUACACCAAAAGUGCCUCAAAAAUGGUUGUGAUGGGAUGAGAUAUGAGGGUGUGCAAUGUGUAAGCUCUUGUUAAAGAGACUUUUUACUCUUUAGAUACUCCAGUAGCUGUGUUGAAACACAGGAAACAACUUUCAUAGGAAAUCCUUGAGUAGCAUCUUCUGAGGAAAUAAGCCAAACCUGACUGUGAAUAAUAUGAUGCAAAAAUUGCAAAGUGACAAGAAUACCAAAAUGAAGAGAUGAAUAACUCACUGCCGCAGUGACAGAGGCCACACUCUUAGCCUAAUUUUACUUUAUCUCACUAAACACUGAUCGUGGUUUCACAGACUGACAUAAAUAAUGUUUUCACAUUAUUUAAUAGCAGGCUUUCUCAAAGAACUAUUUUCUUAAUAGGAACACUACACUUAUGAUAACACAAUGGUCACUAUGAUACAAAAAAAAGGGUAAAAUGAAUUCCACUCUUCAGAAUUGACAAAAACAACAACAUCAGACUCGCAUGCAUUGUCAAUGGGUUAGUGUUGACAAAAUUUGAGAAUAUGCAAUAAAUGUCAACUUGUGAAUUUUUCAAAAGCCAUUUUGUACAACUUUACUGGUGCUGCCAGGUGUUCACAAACAUGUCUUCCAUGACAAGAAAAGCUAGUCUAAUUCAAGUUUCUAGAUGGUCAGCCAAUACCAGUAUCUUGCAAUUCUAGGAUGCAGAUCAUAGAUCACUUAGUUAAGGUUAGAAUUAGCUUUAUAAAAUGGGUUGUAAAGAAGAUGAGUGAUGUAAAGAACAUAAAAGAUGUAAAACCAUGCAUGACUUGCAUAUGGUAGAAUGGAUGAGGGAAAAUUUGAAUUGUCAACCUGUUUCUUUGAUGUUUCUGUAACAUAAUGCUUACCUAAACCUUCACUGUGAUACUGCUAACCUUUUACUGUAUAGAAUAAAGUUUUACUCACUA